AUGCGGAUCUCCCGCACCUCCCAGCUCCUAGCCGGGGCAGCACUGCUCUCCUCAGCCCUCAUCGAGGCCGCCGCCCCGCCACCCAGCGUCUGCAAUAACUCCCCGAGCGAGCUCGUCCCCGACGGCUGCGCCUCCUACGACACCAUCGAGACGCUCAACAGGAAGCUCAACCCGCUGCUGCAGGAGAUCACCCACGACACGGACUACUUCAGCUACUACCGGCUCGACCUCUUUGGGCGCACGUGCCCCUUCUGGGACGACGAGGGCAUGUGCGGCAACAUUGCCUGCGCCGUGACCACCAUCGACGACGAGAAGGACAUCCCCGAGAUCUGGCGCGCCGAGGAGCUAGGAAAGCUGGCGGGCCCCAAGGCGUCGCACCCCAUCAGUCGGGAGCCGACGGAGCCGUCGCCGCUGCGGGGCGCACUGGGCGCGGAGAGGGAGGAGAGCUGCAUCGUGGAGGAGGACGAGUGUGAUGAGAGGGACUACUGUGUGCCCGAGGACGAGACGGAGGGAAGCAAGGGCGACUAUGUGUCGCUGCUUGAGAACCCAGAGAGAUUUACGGGAUAUGCGGGCGCCGGCGCGCAGAAUAGGAACCCGGCGGCGAUGGAGUUUGCGGGCGUGAUGCAGGAGAAGGGGAAGCAUGAGUUUGGCGUGGGGAAGGACGGGAAGCAGGGCCUGGUGGAGCUUGAUGCGGACGAUAUGUGUCUGGAGAAGAGGGUCUUCCAUAGGGUCAUCUCGGGCAUGCAUGCGAGUAUCUCGAUGCAUCUGUGCUGGGACUACUUGAACCAGUCUACGGGUGAGUGGGGCCCCAACUACGAGUGCUUCAUGUCCCGCUUCAAGGGACACCCGGAGCGUGUACAGAACAUCUACUUCAACUACGCCGUCCUUGCGCGCGCCGUCUCGAAGCUCCAGAACUACCUCCAGGACUACACGUUCUGCUCCGGCGACACCUACCAGAGCCGUAUCACCAGGGCCAAGGUUCUAAAGCUCGCCAAGACCGCUGCCUCCGCCGAGCCAAUCUUUGACGAGUCCCUCAUGUUCAAGAACGAGAUGACAAGCCUCAAAGAAGAGUUCCGCAAUCGCUUCAGAAACGUCUCCAGGCUCAUGGACUGCGUCGGCUGCGACAAAUGCCGACUGUGGGGUAAGGUCCAGACACAAGGAUACGGAACCGCCCUUAAGGUCCUCUUCGAAUUCGACGAGGACGCCGAGCCCGGCGUGAACCCGGUCCUACGCCGCACUGAGCUCGUGGCGCUCGUCAAUACGCUGCACCGCGUGUCGCACUCCCUCAUUGCACUCGAUGCUUUCAAGGCGAUGUGGGACCAGCGCCAGGCGGAGGAGCUGGAGGCAAAGAGGGAGGCGGGAAGGAGGGCGGCGGCGGGGCCGAAAACGGAGGGGGAGGUGGAGCUGACGAUUAGGGAGAUGCUGGUGCAGGAGAUAAAGCUCGUGUGGAUGACGCUUAUGUUUGUCCUUAGGAGUUGGUACGAGGUGCCGAAGCAUCUAAUGAUCAUUGGACUGUCGGAGGUGAGUCAGCUGUGGGAUCGCGCGAUGGGGAGGGCGCCUAGAGAGGCGUUUUAUAGCUGGAAGGGGGAUAAUUAUUUGAACCCUAAGAAUGAGCUCUAG